AUGGAUAUAUAUCAAUCUACAAAAGUAUCUUUUGUGCCAAGAAUAAGUACAACUCGAUGGUCAAACCAAGGUUUGUUAAUGAAUAAUCAACAACAGAAACAACAAAAUAACAAUGAGCAAAAUCUAUCUUUCAAUAGACCGGAACAGUUACUUGAUAAUCUUCAAUCAUUGUCACUGAGAAAUUAUUCUAAGUAUCAACAACAGAAAUAUCGAAAUAGUAAUGAACAAAGUUCAUCACUCAAUAAAUUUCAACGGUUUCGUGAUAAUCUCCAAUCAUUACCACUGGAAAAUGAUUCUAAGUAUCAAAACAACAGCAAUGAACAAAAUCCAUCAUUUAAUAAAUCGCAAUCGCUUCCCAGUAACGUUCUAACAUUACCAUUAGAUAAUCAUUCUAAGUAUCAACAAAAUCACAAUGACCCAAGUUCAUCAUUCAAUAAAUCGCAACUGUUUCCUGAUGAUGUCCCAUCAUCGCCACUAGAAAAUUAUUCUAAUAACUCCGAUGAACUCGAAACCAUCAACAAGACAAGCUACUAUCCGAUGGCUUUUUAUAUUUGUGUUGGAGUUUCACUUUUCCUUAUUGCUACAACAGCAUUGGCAUGGCAUAUAUCAAAAAUUGAUAUCAUAGUAUUUCGAACUGAAGUUUUAUCUAUGGACCGGCUUGUUGCUACAAGUACAACGACUGCAAUGCCAGGAUGGGUUGGUACUGGUGAUAUGACGAAUGUACGACGUGACCAUCAAGCAUCUGUAUUAGCAAAUGGGAAAGUGCUAGUUACAGGUGGAUUUACUGGUAGUGUCUAUUUGAAUGGUGCUGAGCUGUACGAUCCAUCUACAGGAGUAUGGACAACUACUGUUAAUAUGAAUAGUAUUCGAGGUUAUCACCAGGCAUCUGUAUUAGCAAAUGGAAAAGUGUUAGUUACAGGUGGAUAUACUGGUAGUAGUUAUUUGAAGACUGCUGAAUUAUAUGAUCCAUCUACAGGAAUAUGGACACUCACUGGUAAUAUGAAUAGUAUGCGAGCUUUUCAUCAAGCAUCUGUAUUACAUAAUGGAAGCGUAUUAGUUAGUGGUGGAUGCAGUAACACUAGCGUUUAUAUAAAUAGUGCUGAGUUGUAUAAUCCAACUACAGGAGUUUGGACAACUACUGGUAAUAUGAAUAGUAUUCGAGGUUAUCACCAAGCAUCUGUAUUAACAAACGGAAAAGUGUUAGUUAAUGCUGGGACUGAUGGUAGUAGUAAUUAUUUAAAUACUGCUGAAUUAUAUGAUUCAACAACAGGGGUUUGGACAAGUACUGGUAAUAUGAACAGUAUGCGAAUUUUUCACCAAGCAUCUAUAUUACAAAAUAACAAAGUGUUAGUUACUGGUGGACUCAGUAAUGCUUUCGUUUAUUUAAAUAAUGCUGAAUUGUAUGAUCCAUCUACGAGUACAUGGACACUCACUGGUAAUAUGAAUAGUAUGCGAGCUUAUCAUCAAUCAUCUAUAUUGCAAAAUGGACAAGUAUUAGUUAGUGGUGGAUGCAGUAGCAACGGUGUUUUUUUAAACAGUGCUGAGUUGUAUAAUCCAACUACAGGAGUGUGGACAACGACAUUUACUAUGAAUUCUAGUCGAUCUGAGGAUACAGGAUCCUUACUAACAAAUGGAAAAGUAUUAGUUGUUGGCGGACUUGGUGCUAGUGGAUUUUUAAAUAGCGCUGAAUUAUAUCAACCAUAA